GCCUUUUUCGGGUGUUCAUAGAGAGAGAGAGAGAGAUAGCUAACUAGCUAGAACGUGCGUGCUUGCUUGUUUGUUUGUCUGUGGGUGUGCUGAAUCGGACAGACAGUAGUGAGUGACUCGCCGACCGACCGACUGACCGAGAUGAGAUGAAGGAAAUACACUCACUCACACGCAUAUGCAUGGGUUGACAGGCAGGCCAUGGUUGGUCAGUCAGUCAGUCAGUCAGCAGACAGACAGACAGGCAGUCGGGCCCACACACUGGCGAUAGUCAGUACUGGUAAGUAAGGAACACACACACACACACACACAAAAGACACACCACACAUAGAUACCGGCCAGCCACUCCCUCAGCCACACGCGCACGUCACGUCCUCGCACCGCUACGUUUGCUUUGAUUGAAUUGUGCAUCUUGGAAGUACAGACAGCUGGCUGGCUGCAGUGAGUGAACCGAGCCGUGCCGUGCCGUGUGUGUCAGAAUAAAAUUGUCCAAAGAAACGAGUCAGUCGCCCGCCCGCCCGCCAAAUCCUAGCUAGCUUUUAUCCAACCAUCCCAUGCAUCCGUCAUGAAGGAACGAAGAGCCGUCCAGGAUGAUGAUGCUCAUCAAUCGCAAUGCAAUGCCACUGCAUGCAUUCACACCCACACUCACGGACACACGUAGAAAGCAAGGAGGUCUGUCUGUCUGGUCAGGAGGACCGUCUGGUCUGGCCUCAGUUCACUCUGUCUGUCUGUCGCCCAUCCCCUCUGCCACUGCCUGCUUGUUGUGUCUCUCCGCUCGAGUAGCUACUCAGUCCUUCAUGACAGUGAUGGUCUUGCCGUUCAAAUCGCCACCAUUGUACUGCUCUGCAGUGCACACGCACACACCAGAGAGACCCAUGAGCACAUGGAUGGAAUGAGAGAAUCAACGAAUGCAUGUGGCUUCCAGCCUGCCUGCCUGUCUGCCUGCGUCUGUCUGUGGCUGUCUUACCGACGGCACUCUGUGCGGCCUCUGGCUUCGCGAAGCGCACCUGCACCUUGCCAUCGUACUGACCCUGAACACAGCACAACCACACAAAGGACCAAAGGACACACACACCAGGUAUCCACCUCGAGAUGGUUGAUUCGGUGGGGUGUGUUGUCUGGUGUGUUGACGUACGUCCGAGUCGAGCAGCUUGGAGGCCUUCUCGACGUCGCCGCACUGGGCAAAGGCCGUCACUAUCUCCUCGAUGCUCAACUCAACAGGCACCUGACCAACACACACACAAACAGACAGACAGACCAGCCACCAUUGUCUUCUGCCCUUCCAUUCAUCAGUUUAUCCAUCCAUGCGGCCACUCGCUUCGCUUACAUCCUUGAUCAGUAUCUGACGGCCCGCAGCACUCUUGCUCUGCGCCACAGGCCCCCCACCAGCAGCACUUGCGACACCGCCCCCACUCGCCGCAUAGCCCGCCUCCUGCUUGGCAGCCAUAUGUGGCCGCGAGGGCGGCACGGAAGGCGGGCCCCCGUACGGCGCACGAGGGGCAGCUCCAGUGCCUCCAGCUCCAGAAGCAGCAGCACCACCACCAGGCUGGGCAUAGCCAUACGGCUGCGGCUGCGGCUGCAUGGGCGCGGGGGCCUCAAAUGCCAUCGUCUGCUGUGGUCGGGGAGGUGGCCUGAGGCCGGCCGGUGUGUGUGGAGGUGCGUACUGCGCGUGUGCGUAUUGGAAUGGGGGCGGGUAUGGCGCGGGUGGGUGCUGGGCCUGCGGGGGGGGCAUGUAUGGCUGCUGGUGGACGGGGGAGGGCGGCAUGAGGGCGGGUGUGAGUGAGCUGGUGCCGGCGGUGGUCUGGGCGUUGUGGUAGCCGGGGCCGCGGUCCUUGGUGGGGUCGUUCUGAUUGGUGAGAACACAUGAGGACAGGCAUGACAGGGACACACAAUGUGUGAUGAUUGUUCCCUGUUUGUUGUGUGUCUGUGCGUGUGUCGCGCGUGUGUGUGUGUGGUCACCUCGCGGAUGUAAAGUUUGUUGCACUUGAAUACCUGGUUGUUGAGCUCGCGGACAGCACGCUCGGCCUCCUCGACCGUCUCGUACUCACAGAUCCUGUCAGACACACACGCACACACGCCCACAGAGACACGGGGAAAGAGUGGCACACACACGUUUAGCCUACACUCCCCUCGUUUGUCUGUCUCUCGGUCUGUCUGAUUGUUUUUAUUGGCUUACGCGCAUCCGAUGGGCAUUCCCUUCUGCGAUGUGACGAUCUCGGCCCUGACCACCCGCCCGACCUGGGCCAUGAACUCGGCAAACUCCGCCGGGGUCGCGGUGUUGGGCACGUGCUGCACCCACAGCCUCGUUCCACGAACCGCCCUCCCACCACCGCCGCCAGACAUACCCAUACCGCCCCCAGGCUGCUGCUGCUGCUGCUGAUACUGCUGCAGCUGUGGUCGCCUUCGCACGAGAGCCAUCCCGCCCCCAGUCCCCAUGACGGCCGACCUGGGCAGGAGGGCGAGGUUGUGCUGCGGUGGUGGGUUGAGGAUGCCUAGCUGCUC